AUGCAGGCCCUGCUAUUCCUGAUGGCACUUCUCUUGCCUUCUGGAGCUGGAGCUGAGGAGAUUAUUGAUGGUGUUGAGGCUAAACCACACUCCCUUCCUUACAUGGCCCAUCUGAGGAUCAUCACUAACAAUGGUUUGAAGAGGUGUGGUGGGUUUCUCAUAGCCCCGCAAUUUGUGAUGACUGCUGCACACUGCAGAGGAAGAGACAUCACUGUCAUCCUUGGAGCUCAUAAUAUAAACAAGAACGAAUCCACACAGCAGAUAAUAAAAGCUGAAAAACAAUUUGUUCACCCAAAGUUUCGUUACUCUUCGGGUUUCAAUGACAUCAUGUUACUGAAGCUACAAAGGAAAGCAAAUUUGACUCGUGCUGUGAGUGUAAUUUCAUUGCCUCGACCCUUUGACUUUAUCAAGCCUAGGAAUGUGUGCCGGACAGCUGGAUGGGGGUAUACUGGAGAGAGGAACCUUCAAUCAGAUACCCUGAGAGUGGUUAGACUGGUAAUCAUGGCCUGUAAAAACCACAGUGAUUACGAUGAUCUCCAUGUCUGCGCGGGCAGUCUCACAACAUUUGAAUCAAUAAGAGAAGGAGAUUCUGGGGGACCUCUUGUGUGUUAUGGUAUGGCCCAUGGUAUUGCAUCUUCUUAUAAAGCAAAGGCCCCUGCAGUCUUCACCCGAAUCUCCUCAUACGUGGGCUGGAUAAAUCAUGUCUUAAAGUACAAGUAG